AGAGGCAAUGUCCUUUGGGCUCAGCAUGCAGGAGUGGGGACUGUGGUCUGUGGCCUUCCUGGCCCUCCUGUCUGCAGGGGCCUUUCCACACACUGACAUCAGUAUCCACUCAGCCCUGUCAGAGGUGCCCCAGAUGACCCUGCUGUGUCCCUUGUUCUGGACAGAGUUCAAAGGUCACUGCUACAGAUUCUUUCCCAUCAAUAAGACCUGGGCCGAGGCCGACCUGCACUGCUCUCAGUUCACUGUCGGUAGGAAAUCUGCCAAGCUGGCCUCCAUCCACAGCUGGGACGAGAACAUCUUUGUGUAUGACCUGGUGAACAGCUGUGUUCCUGACAUCCCGGCUAACAUCUGGAUGGGCCUUCAUGACCACAGGCAGGAAGGGCAGUUUGAGUGGACGGAUGGCUCUCCUUAUGACUACAGUUAUUGGGACAGGAGCCAGCCUGGUGAUGGCAUCCAUACAGACCCAGAAGAAGACUGUGUGCAGAUGUGGUACCGACCAAGUAGUGCACUGAGGUCCUGGAAUGAUAACACCUGCCACAUGAAGUUCCCCUUUGUCUGCAAGAUCCCGUCUCUGAGCAUCCAGUAGUGCACUCC